AUGAAGCGAGAAGCGAAAUUACGGCAGCGGUCGAACACACGAGAAGGAACGGAACUCCCUUCACCAUCAUCUACUGAUCUCCCACAACUUGGCUCUGAUUUAACUGUAGAGCACGAGCUCUCACCUGAAACUACUGAACUCAUUUCGAGAAUCACGUCUACAUCGCAGCAAGCGGCACUAGUCAGAGAUGAGGCCAUGGCAUCACUUUCGGUAUUUUUCGUAUCGCUCAUUUUCAAUAGGUACUUAGAGCAAAUCCGGUCGAACACACGAGAAGGAACGGAACUCCCUUCGCCAUCAUCCACGGAUCUCCCACAACUUGGCUCUGAUUUAACUGUAGAGCACGAGCUCUCACCUGAGACAACCGAACUCAUCUCGAGAAUUACAUCUACAUCACAGCAAGCAGCACUAGUUAGAGAUGAGGCCAUGGCAUCACUUUCGACCUCCGCUCCCUCGUCAGCUUUCCAACAACUAGCUGAAUUGACGAUUCUAGAAGCACAGCACGUCCAUGAAGUAGUACGACAGUUGCCAGGAUUCUCUCGCCUCUGCGAAGAUGACCGAAGAACAGUGCAGAAGGUAAAAGAAAUUGUAUAAUU